UGCGCCAUCUUCGUUCCUAGUCAAAAUUGUGCCUAAUCAGAAUUUGCAAUCCAGUGAAAUGAAAUUGCCCGAGAUCGUCCAUACCUUUUACGGAGGAUAAAACCAGUUAAGAAGCUUCACAAUGUUUAAGAAAUGGAAAGACCGAGACAAUGAGAAAGAGAAGAAGGAUAAAAAAGAUCAAAAUAAACGGGACGCAAGUCGUAAUGGGAAAGAGAAAAAGUCUUUCGUCGAUGUGCUAGCAGGGUUUGAAAACAUAUCGACUAAACCAGGAGAUACACAAACCAAAGAAAAAAGUUUGCCUCGCAGGACUCUCAGCGAAAAGCGUAGGCAAGAAAGAUUCAGACGUGAAGAGUUAUUUCGCCAACAGGCAGCUGCUGAGACCAUCGGUGGGAGGGAUUUUGCCUCUGGAGUAAACACAGGCCAGGGUAUUGACAACCAAGUGGAGGAUAACCUCUCAAUACAGAGGAAAAACAGCUAUGACAGUGGCCAGGUCAACGGGGAUAAACGUCCAAUUGCAAAUAAGAAGUAUGAAGUUAUAUUAACUAAAAAUAUUGCCACUGCAGGAAGUAGCAAAAAAAGUUUCGAAAGGCAGGAAAGUAUCAAAGUUGCGUCAGGGUCUGAAGUCACUCUGAAUAUAGGCCUUACUUCUGAGAUAAUGGCAGGGCUUGAUAAUGGGACAAGAGACUUCCUAGCUCAAAAUGCAAAUAACAAGCCAAAGAGUUUACAGGGUGUUGACUUGAGUUUGCCAGAACUGAGCAGCUCUAACACUGAUUCUGGAAGGAUCCUUCACAUCAAGAGACUUCCAGUUGGAGACUUUGGGUUUGCACUGAGAAGGUCAACACUUUCUAAAGACAAAUCAAAAAUCAUAUACCUUGCUGAGCCUGUUGGUGAUGAUGGCAACACAGGAUUGUUGCCAGGUGAUAGACUCAUAGAGGUCAAUGGAAGAAAUAUGGAAAACUGUACCCAUGAUAUGAUAAUUGACAUGAUUUCAGCCUCUGGUAGUGAAGUGGUUCUGAAGGUUGUGCCAGUACCAGAGCUGGCAGAUUUCACUGCAAGAUCUGCAACUAUUGAGGCAGCUGGUAAAAAACAGGUUUCUCCAGGAAGCAAAGGCAUGUCUUUUGUGAGAAGUGGGAGUAUGAAAACUAAAAGAUCAAAAACACGAACUGAAACAGAAAUUGCAUCUGAAAAGGCAUGGUUGGAAACAGAAAAGGUUUGGUUAACUCAUUCAGAAGGCUUUUCUGCUGGAAGAUUGAUUAAUAAGAAGGAUAAUCCAGAUGAUACAACCUGUACAGUUAAGUUAGAUCAUGGUGGAGAGGUUGUGGAGGUUGACGAAGAACAAAUUUCCAAGGCAAAUCCGCCACAAUACGAUCGUGCAGAAGACCUCGCUUCGCUACGUCAUCUAAACGAGGCGGCCUGUUUGCACACUCUACGUCAGCGCUUUGGCAGCAAUCUGAUCCACACGUAUGGUGGUCCAAAUCUGCUGGUUGUUAAUCCUAGGGAGGAGCUUGGCAUUUACAAUGACAAAGUUAUCGAUAUGUUUCGUGGAUGCAAACAAGAGGACAUGCCGCCACAUAUUUACGCCAUGGCGCAGACAUCAUACCGCAACAUGCAAGCGAUGCGCAUGGACCAGUCAAUCAUACUGCUUGGGAGAAGUGGAUCUGGGAAGACAACCAACUUGAAGCAUCUUCUUCAUUACUAUGCCAAUGUUACGUCAUCGAUUCAUAGCUGUGUCAAUUCACAAAAAAUCGAGGCAGCCUUGUGUCUUUUGGAUUCGUUUGGAAGCGCCAAAACAUAUCUUUGUAACACUGCGUCGAGGUGCUCAUUGAAGGUCACUCUGGAGUAUGACAUGGCUGAUUUGUUAAUCGGUGCUAAUUUCCAGACAUACCUGCUUGAGAAGACAAGAAUCGCAAGACGGCCCAUUGGUGAAUCUUCGUUUAAGAUAUUCUAUGAUUUGAUUCUUGGUUGUGAUGAAAAGUUGAGAAAAGAGCUGUUCCUUGAUCCAAAUUCCAAGGAUGACAAUUGCUAUAUCGACAUAACUGCAUUGGGAAGUGGCCAGUCACAAUGUGUUGAUCGGUGGAUGCAAUUGCAAUUUGCGUUGGAGGCACUGGACAUAUCGUCAGAGGAAGCGAGAGGGCUCUGGGCUCCUGUUGCCGCAAUUUACCAUCUUGGUGCAGCUGGAGUCUCUACAGGUGGGGCUUCAGGUAUGCCUUCAUUUGUCAACCACGCAUCUGCUCAGAAAGCUGCUAACAUCCUGGGCACAACUGAUGCAGAAUUAUCAAGGAUAAUCUUCUCUCCUUCGUCGUUACCUAAACCUAGACCGUCACCUGAAAGGAACAGAAGUGAUUCUGCUGCAAGUAUAGAGCACAGUGUUGAUGCUGAAGGGAGCACAUACCAAGAUGCUUUAGAUGGAUUCGUUAUGGGCCUCUACGUAGAAACAUUCUCGGCUCUCAUUCGUCUUAUCAACAGGGCAAUCUCAACAACUACAAAAGUGAACACAACCCUACAAAUCUUGGAUAGUCCAGGGUUUCAGGAUCCCAUCUCUGUCCACCCGAAAGGCCAUGGCGCAAGCUUUGAAGAUUUGUGCUACAAUUAUGCUUGUGAGAAGCUGCACUGGUUUUUGCAUUUUGCAACAUUUACGAACCAGCUGGAUCGAUACAACAGGGAAAACAUUGACUGCAAUUUUGAAAUUGAGGAGAUGGUGCCUCCAAAUGCUGCUAUUGCGACUCUUGAUAAACUCAAUGCGGAUCGCAGGAGCACAUUCUCCCAGAAGAGUGAUCCAAGAGGCGUAUUCUGGAUCCUUGAAGACGAGGCAAUGAAAUCAAAUGCAAGUGAAAUUGGCCUAGUCGAGAAAAUCAUGCUGGAGCACGGUGCUUCAGGAGAAGAUUCCAUGGUUAAGCUCGGCGAUUUUAGUGACACAUUCAAGCUGGCACAUUUACAGAAAACUGUGGAUGUCACAUAUUGUACCAGUGGCUGGCUCAAACGCAUCAAAGAGCACCCAACUAUUAAAGUGGCUUAUACCGUUUUAGCAGAGUCAAAAAAGCCUCAUGUGGCGGAUUUGUACGUGGGUCAUCGGUCAGGCGUUCUCCAGGUUGAAAUCCACCGCACUCGCAGUGUCAAGAAAAGAAGCGCACAUGGGCCUACUUUACCAGCAAUAAAAAAGAAUUCGGCUUGUAUGCUUCUCAAAAUGCAAAUGGAUUCCCUUCUGGAGACACUGCGGAGAACCAACUGCCGCUUUGUGCACUGCUUUCUUCCUGAUGUCAAUGCUGGAGUUCCUGAUUCCGUACCAAGAAGUCCAGCUUCUCCGAAACCUACAAACCCUGUGCUAGAUGUGCCAUUAUUGAGAAAACAGUUCAGGAGCUCUCGAGUAUUGCACAGCAUACGGAUGCAUCGACAAGGUUAUCCUGAAUUCAUGCCAUUUGGGGAAUUUCGUCGCCGGUUUGAAAUUUUGCUCCCACGUAGCGAACGUCAACACGAGCCAGUCCUGGACGAGAAGCAGGUUGUGGAGAAGAUGGUGGAGUAUAUGGAGCUCGACAAACGAAGCUACAGAAUUGGAGUUAGCCAGAUAUUCUUCCGCUCUGGAAGUUUUGCUCAGCUUGAAGAUUCUCGUGAUGAAAAACUUAACGAUGCUAUACAAGAGUUCCAAGCACAUUGCCUCGGUUAUUUAGGAAGGAAGAAACUGAAACAGUUAAGGGUUCAACAUAUUGCCGUGAAGUGCCUACAAAGAAACAUAAAAAAGUAUAUGGCUGUUCAGAACUGGACUUGGUGGAAAUUGUAUACUAAAGUGCUUCCGUUGUUGGAUGUACACAGGACAGAAGAGGAACUGAAAAGUAAAACGAGUGAGCUUGGCUUGUAUAAGAACAAAGUGGAGAAGCUUGAAAGUGAAAAUAAAGACUUGAAUGAUAUGAACAUGAAGCUUCGUAAAAAGGUGAACGAUCUUAGUGUUUCACUAAGUCAAGUUCAAAGCUCCGUUGCUAAUGCAAAUGAAUUACUUGAGAGUGAAUCUACAGAGCGAUUGCAUUUGGAAGAAGAAGUAGAGAAGCUGAGAGAAGAAAACGAGAAAUUGACGAAGGAACGCGAGAAAGUAGAAACAGAGUUGCUUGAGGCAAAGGUUGAACAGCCGUUGCAAAGUAGAAAGUUCAGUAGCAGUUUGAUUGAAGGAGACGAAUCUGAAGAGGAUGAUUCAGUUUACAAGGCAAAGUAUAAAGCUUUGAGUGAGGAAGUUCAGAAUCUUCGUCAGAAGUUGCUACAUGAAGUAGAAGGAGAGAUAGAAACCCUUACAAUGCAGAAGAGACAAGCAGAGAAACAGCUGGCUGAGGAACAAGAAGAAGCUGAAGACUGUAGGCGACAGAUGGUCACAGCCAAGCGAAAAUUAGCAAAAUACAACGAAGAGAUGGAGGACAUGAAAUUGAUUUUGGAAACAUCACAUAUACGAAAUGCUGAACUAGAAAAGAAGCAGAGAAAGUUCGAUCAGGAAAUGAAUGCCCUUCGCGAAGAGCUGAACACGGAAAAACAAGCUAGAGAGGAUACCCAGAAGGAGAAAAACACACGGACAGCGAAGCAUCUGACCAUAGAAAAUGAACUACUGGAAAAAGACGAAGAAUUGCGACGCGUCCAAAAGGAACUCAACCGAAUGCAACAGGAAUUUGAUGAUCUUGGUCGAGGCAGCUUUUCAGGAGACACAGGGGUUCUGAAUUUGAAGCGCGAUAAACGUGAAUUGGAAUUGAAAGUACAAGAACAGGAAGAAGAGCUCGAUGAGCAGGCAGGCCAGAUCCAAAUGUUGGAGCAGGCCAAAUUGAAACUUGAAAUGGCAUCGCAGCGUGACAAGCAGCAGUUUCAAAAGGAUCUUGACAGCAAAGAUGACGAAAUGGAACAAAUGAGAGCAGAUCAACAGCGAAAGAUGAGGCAACUUGAAGAGCAAAUCGAGGAAGAAUACCGGGAGAAGAAUGAAGCUGUUAAAAUGAGACGUGAGUUGGAGAGGCGAAUGUUCGAUUUGCAGCAUUCGAACGACCUUGCUGAUCGUGGACAUGAGAAGAAGCUCAGAAAGGAAUUAAGAAAACUUAGAAUCCUAUACAAGGAUGCAAAAUACGCACUCGACAGUCAGGCUUCACAAAACACAGACAAAACCCAACUAAAGCAAUUGAGAAAUCAGCUUGAAGAUAUGGAGUUUGCUAAACACAUUGCUGUUAAAGCGAAGAAGCAACUCGAAGCAGACAUCGAAGAUUUACAAAAACAAUUAGAAGAAAUGAGCAGAUUGAAAUUGGAGGCAGAAGAACGGAACCUGCUUCUUUCACGCGAAAAUGCUGAAAUAAUCAACAAGAUAGAAGAUGGAGAAGAUGAAACAGAUGAGCUUAUAAAAAAGAACAAGCAUCUUAUAACAGAGGUUGCCAAAUUGCAAAGUGAUGUCAUUCAAUGCAAUUCCACUAUCCAAGAUCUUUCAGCUGAAAAAGAUAUUCUCGAUGCCAAGGUUCAGCAAUUGACAAGCAAACUUGCUUAUUAUGAAGAAACAACUGUUGACAAAUUGGAAGUGCAGAGACUUGAAUCAAAGAUACGAGAAUUAGAAUCAAAGAUUGAUGUGGAGUCUACCUUGAAAAACCGCCUUGAGUCCCAACUUAGUCGCUUAAAGAACACGGUUACAAGUUUACAAGACGAGAGAGACACCCAGAUAAAUCGAGAAAGCAGACUGAAGGCUGAAGUCUCAAAAUAUCAGCGCCAGUUAAAAGAUGCCAAGGAAGAAGUUGAGGAUCUAAGGAAAGUCGAAGAUGAACAAAAGAGAAAGAAAGAAUCUGCUGAGUCCGAGGUCGAAAAUCUUGACCAAGCGCUUUCCUUGGCAAAGACAGAAUUGAAUCUCGCUAAUAAACGAAUAAGGGAUCUACAAGACGCAGUGGAAAGAGAAAUGGCCGCUUCAAGCUCAGAUGAUGAUGACCUUUCUGACAUUGACAGUGAAACAGGAAGCAUCUCAAGCCGUUUUUCUUCUUCUCGCUCGUUGUCAGUCGCUGAUAGGCGCGCGGGACACUACGACAGAUCAACUCGUUUACAGAGACGUUUAACAGCACUUGAGGAUGAAAGCAGUCUGGAAACUUCGACGAGAAAAACUAGUUUGUUGGACGAUACUUAUGGAAGUCGAAAAUAUUCGAGGACUAAUUCGCGUGACUCUAGUGGAAGUUAUGGUAGUCGGUACUUGAACGGACAUUUAGGGAGUUGAUUCAUAAUAAUUUAGGAAAUUGUAUGGCUGUCUUGGCUAAUUAUUGUUAUGAUCCAUAGGCGUUGCUAGAAACUUUUCAAUUUUUUCGAAGUAUAAAAGAUAAGCAACAGCUGAAAAAAUCAAAUGUUUUUUCAGCGUUUGUGUGGUUAUAGUUUUACAAGAUAGCAGAGUUAAUGCUAGUCUUAGGCUGUUUGAUGCUUUUGUCGUGUUUGAAAAAAAACAAAUUUAUCAGUUGAUAUGAAGGUGCAUAAGCAGUGGUCACUUGCUUUGUUAGAGGUAAGCAUCGUUAAGCAACACAAUACAGGCAUCUGCAGGACCAGCUUGAUCAAAGACAAGAAUUUUGUAUAAAUCCUUGUCUGUUUUUAUGAAGAUGCCCUUUAUUAAGGGGAAGCUUCACUGUAAAGAUACAUGCUUGAGCCCUUGAAAUUUUGAGACCCACUCCAAUUAGCUUGCUUUCGACAAAUGCUGCUCGUUCUUUUAAUCAUAGUAUCAUCAUUAAAUAACUGACAGGUCAUAAAUGUAUCUUGCCUGACAUCAUCUUGCAUGAAACCUUAUUUUCAUCCUAGUUCAUCUACUUAAUGUGCAUUCAAUUUUUUUUCCGGUUUCACGACUUCAGCUUCAUUAUUAUUUUACUGCUAUGUCACGAUUCUGCUAUUUUAUCUAUUUUUUUGCUACUUGUCUCCAAGUUUGUCCUACACAGUGUUCAAGCCAGCUCCCACGUUUUGUAACUGAGAGUUUUGUUUUAAGAAACAUGCUUCAAAAUCGCCUGUGCUCCUACAAAAUUUUGAGAUUUCACAAAUAGUAUAUCAUUCUGCAGUACCUACCGUCCUAUCAGAGAAUGGAAGGCUGUAUAAUUAAUCAGAAUUUUGAUUCGGAUUGCCAUUCAUGUCUAAUUUUGGUCAAUUAUCUAGCAAACUUUGGAAUAAUGUUCCCUAAAGCUUCCGUUUUCCUGUUUGUCUUUGGUUGCCUUCAUAUUAACUUAUUAUUUGGCUUCUCCAUUUCCUGUGAACAUUGCUUUGGUCCGUAUGCUAUAUUGCCUUUAUGCUAUCUAAACUACCUGUUACUUAGCCACACUUUGCCACACCCUCACCACACAGACUUAUAGCUACUCACUCUUUAAGCAACUGUAACACCGAAAAAACUUAUUUAAAUUGUGCGCCCAUUUAUCAACGCUUCGUUACUUCUAGUUAUAAAAUUUAUUAAGAUCUCCUGAUAAGAUUAAGAUCUUAGCUCUAUUUAGUUUGUUUCCCUUUUUGGCAAAAUCCGUUCUUUUUGCUUGAAUUAGUAUUUGUUAUAGAUUAUCACUUGUUUUAAAUGUAUAUCCAGUAUGCAUAACAGAGUAAAUAUUUUACUGCAGUUUUAUCAACCUAAAGAUAAUCUAACUGUAACAAGAAUUCUGUUCAACUAUUCGUUAAUUAACUAUGUAAGUUGUAAUCAGGAUUUUAAAUAGCUUUAUAAUCUUUAAUAUAGAGUUAUGUGAACUCAUGUUAAGGAUAACAAAAAGUGAAUUUCAGCAUUUCUGCAUGUAUAGUAAGUUAUUUCCUCGCACAUCAUCGCAGUAACAUUGUCUGGAAAGAUGUACCUCCUAUUUCAGCAUAUUUGGUUGCUAUAUCAUAAUAUCCUUUCCACGAUGUUCAUUGCAAAUGCAGAAUCACCUUAAGUGUGAUUGACGUUUGAGGGUAAUGUAUAGCAUUAUGAUAGUGUAAUGUUUUGAAAAUGCUCAUUCAGCUUUUUGUUUCAGAUAAAGAUAAUAUGCAGUUA